UCGUGAGGAGUUUAUGUUGAAAAGUGUGCUAAAUUCUUGUUAAUAACUUUGUGGAUUCUUUGCUAUUUUUGAGGAUUUACUGAUGAUUUGACUCAGAAGGGAAUUAUGUACCGGUUGGUUGCAUUGGUUUUAGUGGCAGGCGUUGCUUUAGCCUCGGCGGCGCGCCCGACAUGCAUCUGUCCUCGCCACCUCUUCCAAUGUGCCUCCAAGAACAGCGACGACUGCACGUGCAUCCCCAUCCACUGGGUCUGCGAUAGUGACAUCGACUGUGAGCGCGGAAAUGAUGAAGACAAUUGUGAAAUUCCCACGUGUAGUUCAUCGGAGUUUACGUGCUCCAACGGUAAAUGCAUACGACCCGAUUGGCGUUGUGAUGCGGACAAUGACUGUGGCGAUGACAGCGACGAACUUGGAUGUCCUCCCAAGAAUUGCACUAACGACGAGUUCAAGUGUAAAAACGGCAACUGUAUCCGACGACGAUGGCAGUGCGAUGGCGAUGACGAUUGCGGUGAUAACUCCGAUGAAGAUUGUCCUGAGCGGACAUGUAAGGCCGAUGAGGUCACAUGUCGUGACGGGACGUGCAUAUCAAAACAAUGGCGGUGUGAUCAGGACGUUGAUUGUGCUGAUGGAUCAGAUGAGGAUAACUGUGAAAAAAGUGAGGUGACGUCGUGUAGCCCCGAUGAAUUCCAUUGCGAGAAAAGUCGCAAGUGUAUCAUGAGUACCUAUCACUGUGAUGGAGAUAAUGAUUGCGGAGACUGGAGUGAUGAAAAGGACUGCGGGAGUAGGCCAGGGUGUAAGGACACUGAGUUCCAGUGUCAGAAUGGCAUGUGCAUCAACCAAGCGUGGCACUGCGAUGGAGAAUUCGAUUGCGAGGACCAAUCAGAUGAAACUGGCUGUGAGAUGCCCAGCUGCGGACCUGACCAGUUCCGCUGUGCUUCUGGCCGCUGUAUCCGACAGAAGUGGUUGUGUGACGGCGAAGACGAUUGCGCUGAUAAUAGCGACGAGGAAAACUGUGAAAAGCACACAGGGUGUCCAGCCGGUCAGUUUCAGUGUACUAAUAGGAUGUGUAUUGUUAAUAACAAGGUCUGCAACGGGAAUCGAGACUGUGACGAUGGCAUUGAUGAACAGAACUGCAAUUCACAUUCCUCGUGUUCGGUCAAUAAUGGCGGCUGUUCCCACAAGUGCGUCACGAUGAGUUACGGUGCGCGCUGCACCUGCGACCGAGGUUACCAGGUCGAGAACGACGGCAAGAAGUGUGUGGACUUUGACGAAUGCUCAAUAGAUGGCACCUGUAGUCAGCUGUGUCAGAAUACCCACGGGUCGUUCCAGUGCUCGUGUGUGCAGGGUUAUCAGUUGAAGAAGGAUGGGAGAGGGUGCAAGGCUUUAGGAGGUGAAGCGUACCUCAUCUUCGCCAAUCGCGUCGACAUCCGCAAGGUUCUCCCGAACAACCACGAGUACACGUCCAUCUUGCAAGGCCUGGAGAACGCCAUUGCUCUCGACUUUCAUCACGAACUAGGCCUCGUCUUCUGGUCGGACGUUACCUUAGACAAGAUAAAGAGGGCGUUCAUGAAUGGAAGUAACGUGGAGGAGAUUGUGAAUACAGGUCUAGAAAGUCCUGGAGGUAUCGCUGUCGACUGGAUCAACAACAAGUUAUUCUGGACUGAUUCCGGAACGUCCCGUAUCGAGGUGUCUAAUCUCGAUGGCAGCGACCGCCAUGUUUUGAUAUCGAAAUCAUUAGAGAAACCUCGCGCGAUUGCCGCCCACCCGCAACAAGGGACAAUCUACUGGACGGACUGGGGAAGUACACCGAAAAUCGAGCGGGCCUCGAUGAACGGAAAGGACAGGCAAACGAUUCAUGACACGUCGUUAUUUUGGCCGAAUGGUUUGACGAUCGAUUAUGCUGGGAAUAAACUGUAUUGGGCUGACGCGAAACAUCAUGUGAUUGAGUGUUCUGAUCUUGACGGGGCCAAUAGGCGGACAAUCAUCGAUCAUGGUCUGCCUCAUCCAUUUGCUAUAACGAUAUUCGAAGACGAGCUUUACUGGACCGACUGGCACACCAAGAGUAUCUACAAGGCCAAUAAGUUCAAUGGGAACGGGGUUGAGACGGUGAAGACGAGGUUACAUUUCCCGAUGGACAUUCACACGUGGCAUCCUCAGAGGCAACCAGACGGGGUGAACAAGUGUGGCACUGAUAACGGCGGCUGCAGCCAUCUUUGUUUGCCUGCUCUCAACGGCUUCUCGUGCGCCUGUCCGACGGGUUUCAUGUUGCUGCAGGAUGAGAAGACCUGUACAGGAAAUCUGAACAGCUUCCUGAUCUUCACGCGACGAUGGGACAUCCGUCAGAUUUCAUUCGACACGGACACGCGGGCAGACGUCGUCAUACCUCUCCAGGGCAUCAAGAGUGCUGUGGCGUUGGACUGGGACGCGACAACGGACCUGAUCUACUGGAGUGAUGUCACGACGGACACGAUCAGCCGUGCGAGGUGGGAUGGGACAGGACAAGAGGUCAUCAUUGGGACCAACCUUCAGAGCCCUGAUGGUUUAGCCGUGGACUGGGUGGGGGAGAAGCUGUACUGGACGGACGCCGGGACGGACAGAAUCGAGGUGUCCAAUCUUAAUGGGAGCAUGAGGACAGUGCUGAUCUGGGAGAACAUUGAUAAACCAAGGGAUUUGAUCGUUGAUCCAUUAUCAGGCUACAUGUAUUGGACUGACUGGGGUAAGACACCAUCAAUAGAGCGCGCCGGUAUGGAUGGUAGCGAUCGCCGAGUCAUCGUCGACAGUAACCUGACAUGGCCGAAUGGUUUGGCGAUCGAUUACGCACGUCAGAGGCUUUACUGGGCGGACGGCGGAGAAAAGACGAUCGAGUAUUCUAAUCUUGAUGGGACGAGGAGGACGAUUCUAAUCAGCACCGAUCUACCGCAUCCAUUCGGCCUGACGCUACACGAGGACAAAGUCUACUGGACCGACUGGCAGUCCAAACAAAUCGAGAUGGCCAACAGUGAGCUAGGAAACCAACGUGAGGUCAUCCGGUCAAACUUAGAAAGUCUGAUGGACAUCCAUAUGUUCCAUCGGAGGCGGCCGCCGGUGGCAAGCUUAUGUCUGAUUGAUAACGGCGGGUGCAGUCAUCUAUGUUUGCUGGCACCGACGCCGAAUGAACACACGUGCGCCUGUCCGACUGGGAUCAAGCUCGGCGCCGAUGGCCAGACCUGUCGCACUGGGAUGGAGACGAUGUUGAUAUUCGCACGGCGGACGGACAUUCGUGCGAUAUCGCUAGACGUGCAGUAUUACGCUGAUGUGGUGUUGCCUGUCGGUGAUCUGAGGAACGCCAUUGCUCUUGAUGUUGACCAUGUUGCUGAAAAACUAUACUGGGCUGACAGCGUCUUGGACAAGAUCCAGAGGUCAAGUUUGGAUGGGUCACAAGUGGAGGAUAUCAUCGUUAAUGGUCUCGAUACCACCGACGGUAUCGCGGUCGAUCCGAUACGGCGUAAAGUCUAUUGGACGGAUACCGGUAAUAAUAGGAUUGAGAUGUCGACGUAUGAUGGGAAGAUGCGCAAGGUGUUGAUAUGGGAGGAUCUGGAUAGUCCAAGGGCGCUAGUUUUACACUAUGAACUUGGGUUCAUGUUUUGGACUGAUUGGGGUACGGAACCACGGAUAGAACGGGCUAACAUGGAUGGCACAGAUCGUCGCGCUAUCGUCACGAAACGUCUCGGCUGGCCGAACGGGUUAACCAUCGACUAUUUAGACCAGCGAAUCAUCUGGGUUGACGCUAGGACUGAGUUCAUCGAGACAGUCGGCUUUGACGGACAAAACCGUAAAGUUUUAGUCGCAUCUGUUCCGCACCCGUACGGUUUAACCGUGAGUAACGAUUACGUUUAUUGGACCGAUUGGGGUACGAAGAUGGUGAUGCGAGCCAAUCGUAAGACAGGGCAGGAUGUGACCAUGAUACGUGAGAAUCUGUCGGGCUUGAUGGACAUCCAGGCUGUGCCGGGACAGUUUGAUAAGAACAAGAAAAUUCCAGACGAAUGUGCCGACGGUAAUGGUGGGUGCACCCAUCUGUGUCUGCCCACCAGGAACGGCUUCACGUGUAACUGUCCAACGGGCCUCCUCCUCCGCAACGACGGAAAGAGUUGCAGCUCCGUGCCCGGGACGUAUCUCCUGUUUGCCAGUAGGGGGAGCAUUCGUAGAAUCUCCAUGGAUACGCCCGAUAACACUGACGUUUAUCUGCCGCUGCCUGAUUUGCAUAACGCCAUUGCUCUCGAUUAUGACAUUCGGGAGAAUAAGAUUUAUUACACGGAUGUUUAUUUAGACGUCAUUAGACGAGCCAACCUGAAUGGCACUGGCAUGGAGACCGUCAUCGACAGCGGCCUGACCACCGCCGAUGGCAUCGCCGUCGACUACAUCGCCAGGAAUCUGUAUUGGACGGAUACUGGCAGGAAUGUGAUCGAGGUGUCACGGCUAGACGGUACAUCGCGGCGGACCCUCAUUGACUCUGGUCUGGACCAACCAAGGGCCAUUGCUCUGUUUCCUAAAAAAGGCCUCAUGUUUUGGACUGACUGGGGAACGCCACCGAAAAUAGAGCGUGCAUACUUAGAUGGAUCUCACCGAAAGUCGUUGAUCGAUACUGAGUUAGGAUGGCCGAAUGGUUUAGCCGUGGAUGCAGACGCCAAGAGGCUGUACUGGGCAGACGCCAACCUGGAUCGCAUUGAGACGUCUGAUUUGAACGGCAAGAAUCGGGUCCAACUGAUACAGCAGGUCACGCACCCUUUUGGUUUGACUGUGUUUGGUAACUAUGUCUACUGGACAGACUGGCAGACCCGCUCCAUCCAGCGUGCGGAUAAGUCAACUGGAGAGGAUCGCAGCACGAUACAAGGCAACAUGGAUGGUUUGAUGGACAUCCACGUGGUGUCGCCACUGAAGCAGACGGGAACCAACGCGUGCGCGAAGAAGAACGGCGGAUGUAGCCAUCUUUGUUUGGCGAAGCCUGGCGGUUACGUCUGCGCGUGUCCAAACUAUCCUGACCCAAGGGAAUGCUCGACAGUACCUGAUCCGUCUGUCAAAAUCGAUAUCAACGAGAUCGAUGAAGGCGAUGAUGAUUAUGAGGAUGGGGACGAGGGUUAUAAUCAAGUGCCGGUAAACCCGGAUAAUACCGUGAAUACGGGAGAAUCUGCAGAUAACAGGUGUUCCAAAGAAGAUAUUCAGAAAGGCCUCUGCAAGUCAGCAUCAACCUUUGCCAUCGACGGCAUACAUAUCGCAUUCAUCACCCUCGGAGUUGUUGUUGCUGUUGUUCUCGUAUGCCUCAUCCUGGUCUUUGUCGUCUGGCGGCGGAAAAUGCGCAGAAACCGGUAUACGGAAACUGACACGACACUUACGUUUUCCAACCCGACUUAUUCUAAAAGUAGUACAGAGACAAUUGAUAUUCAGAUCGAGAAGAAGGCCAAGCCAUGGAGGCUGUUUAAAUAUGAUAAAACGGAGGAAAAUUUAUCAAUGUUAGAGCCAGAGACGAAAUAUGAACAAAAGUUGAAUAAUUGUGAAGCAGCCGCCCUGAUGAAGCAGAAACAGUUAACAGAAACAGCGAGAGAUAUUGAGGAGAGAGCCCCGCCGCCUCCUGAAAGACAUGACAGUAAAAAUCUUUUUCUGAACAAUGCGGCAAAAUCGUUAAGUAAGCGGCCAACGGGGGGCGCAAGUAACAAUGCCGAGACACAAAUUUGAUGCGGAACUAUUGGAUGAUUAUGUUGUGUUCAUUUGGUUGCAUUCAUGGAUGUAACAGACAUUUCUAUUGGUGGAUUUUUGAAUUUUAAACAGUGUUUAUCCAAUGAGAUUCAAGAUUUCUUUUUCAAAUUCAAAUGGACCAUUUGAUUGGCUGUUGGUUUUGAUAGGAAGUGUGUGAUUGGAUGUUGUUUUUCUGACCAUAAAAUGGAAAAAGAUGUGAUUGGUUGUGUCUUCGGGCGUUACCAUGGAAAUAAGUUACAGCUGAAUUGAUUCUGUUUUGUAGUUGAGGUGUCUGUCUAUAGGUGUAGUUGUAUACACCACGGGGGGGGGGGGGGUAUUACUAUGGGAUGACAAUACAUAUGACACUAAUGACGGAAUAAUGACAAUGGACCCAUUUCUAGGAUUUUUGGAGGGAUCAAGGAUAAAGACUAAAUAACCUCUCAGGGGUCUCGUAACUGCAUUUAGUGGCAAUAGGAGGAGCUGUGAGCACAAGGGUCAUGUGACCUACUUUGUACACAAUAAAGAAAACAGUAUUUGAAACUUGGCAAUAAUGUUUCAGUUACAUUUCUACUGGAGUGCUAAUAUUCAUUUUAUGGAUGGGAAAAUAUAUUUUGGAAUAAAAAACUGAUAUUUAAGAAAUAGCACGAGCAAAUUUUUCUUUGAGAGAAAUGUCUUUAGCGAGGGCUAAUGAUGUUGUUUUUUUGUUCAAAAAGGUUUUGGUUCCCAAGAUUCAAAGGAUGGAUGGGAAUAUUUAUGAUAUGGUGCUCCCGACUCUGUAAUCUUUGACUAAUUGGGCAGCGGCGAUUGGCUGCUCCACACCAUUAGAGUAAGCUUCCCCACAAUGCGUGGAACCGGAUGACGUUCCAACUUGAUGUGUUAGUUCAGCAACUCUUUGGGUGGGAAAGUGAUUGUGAAAUACCAUUGACGUCAGCAUUUGUACUAAUUGUACACAAUUGUCUGUUGCAUUCUUGGGAAAGUUUAUUCUAAAGGGUGAUUGAGUCGGUAUCGAGAUUAUUUUGUAUAUGAAUGGAACAGGACUUGUGUUAGCUUUAAUAGACUCCAUUUUGUUACAAUGCAAUAGUUUCUUAUGUUGUUGAUAGGAUAUUUCAUGCGUGUGAUGGACAAUUAGCAUGUGUAGAUGAAAUGGGAACAAUUUCUUUGAUGGUGACAUUCAGAUUCUGAUGGUUACCGUGGAAUUUGAUUUGGUCGCCAUGGACAAAUGGUUGCUAUGGCAUCGACUAGGUGGUGCUUAGCAACCAGUUGGUGUUUAGACUCUGAAGGAAGGAGUCACUACAUGAAGGGUUGAAGUUUUUCUCUGAAAAGAAAGCUCGGGCUGUUGGGGUGUGUGGGGAGGGGUUUGUGAUCACAGAGGGAUUUAAUUGCUUAAAAGUGGCAUCAGUAGUAAUUGGUCCCGUACAAUAGAGAUCCAUUUAAGGAUUGAAAUUGACAUGAGCUGGAGAUCUGCUGUCUUGGACCGCAAAAGCGCAGCAAAAACACGAUGAUAAUCGGUGCUGUGUGCAACAAAAGGAUCACUCAUCUGCGGGUAAAAACGAUAAUCGCUGGGCUCGAUAUUGACUUCCAUGUCACUGGGAAAUUUCCACCGCAAACGAAGGAUUAUUGUCACGUGCAACUUAAAUUGCAGGUCAGCGAAGCGGUUGUUGUGAUGGCUGAUUUGGUUUGUUGUAUUCAUGAUACACCCUGUACGAUAUCUGCGUCCGACAAACUGUGUGCCAUUAAAUGAAUGUAUAUACUUCUUGUACUGCCAGCCUUCGAAGGCAUUUACUGACUUAGCGCUGCGAAAACAAGCAAUUUUAGUAACUGCAACCUGCGACCUGGCCUGGACAACAUGAUGAUUGUGGUUCGAAUGUGACCAGAAUUGGUUAAAUUUCAGUCAAUUUUGUCGUAGGUCCUUCGCAUGUCGCAUUGACUAAAAUCUCUUGUUUGCGCGCAAUUAAACAACAAUAAUAUGACAAGAACAAAUUUAUGUGUAAAAAGAUAAUAAUACUUAAUUCCUAAUUAAAUUUGACUGGGGAUUUAUAAUUUUCAUUCCGUCACAGUAUCAAAGGGUUAAACAUACUCACAAUUUCUUGACGAAAUAACACUUCAAAGGGGUCAGUUACGAAAAACUUUUUUUUAAGAACCGAACCCGUAUAAAUUUAGCUGCAGGGGUGUUAAGCGGCAUUAAGCGUGAACAAUCACUUCUUAAAUAAUCAAAAUGUAAGGAAUCUGAUUGGGAAUCUUUGGAUUUUUGCAAAAUGUGCUUGGAUGAUGAGAUUAUCGUACUGUGUCUUUGUAUCAGGUUUUUCAAUCAAACACCUUUAUUCUUUAAUAUUCAUAUAAUAAUCCAAUUGAUAAGAUGUAACAUCUUGCAGACAAUAAACUUUUCGAUAUUUUUACCAAAGAAUUUUAUUCUCGAAUACAAUAGGCCUGGUACAUGUACAUGUACAUACUGGCAGUUAUUUCAGGCCAAUACUUAAAUGACUUAUUGUAUAUAUGAAUUCGUUUUAUACACAUUGGUAAAUACUGUAAAAAAUUAAUGAUUUGAGUAUUUAUUUACAUAGGAUUACAGUAAAUUGACAAUAUAAUUGGGUAUUGUUUAGAAAAGUGUCUGGGCCCAGUUGCUCAAUUGACUCGGAGACAAAUGUCAACAUUAACUCAACUAAGCACAGUCUCUUUCAAUCAAUUUCAUUUCGGACUUAAAGCCAGCGUUACUACUUGAUUGAGCUAAUGGGCACUUAUUAAUUGCAUGCAGAGACUUAGGUUUAGGCUCUGAACAGGUCACCUAAUUUACUUGAAGAAAGUGUUUCUGAAAUGAAAGACCAUAUUGUGGCCCAAGUAUGUACAUGCACAGCAAAAGUGUUUUUCAGAUAGAUCUGGCCAAAGAUACUUGGCUGACCUCUUGUCACUUAACUGUAACAGUGUGAUCACAAAUAGUAAUGUUACACAGCCCUGGGCAGCCGGUGUCAUAGUUGACUGGUUUUUAUAGUUGACACCGUAAAAGAGCAUUGGUUAGGCCUACACUGAGGAUAAUGUAAUGUUUUGCAACACCACUAUCUUUUGGUAAAUGUGAUCUGGUCACAUUCCAGAGUUGAACUAAGUCCCUUUGCCCAGAACCAUCUGGAAAGCACUUUACCUCAAAUGAGGUGUGGCGUUUCAAUUCGUGAUGUUUUCUCCUUCAGAGUAGGCCAGCAACCAGCUAAAGAGGCCUAAUAUUGAUUCAGUAUGUUAUGAUCAACUUGACAUGAUUUGGAUUUUACUACUUUCUGUUAUCAUUUCCCUGUUAUCAGUCUUUUAACUGAAAGGUUAUACCCUUGUUUGCGACAAAUGACCCAAAUUUGCUGGUUUUAGACACUGAAAUCUUUAUACUGUAAUGGUUCACUCCUUGAGUUGAGGCAGUAAGAAAUAAUGCUAUUGAAAAUUUCUUGGGGUUCUUCCUACUUAACAUUUUCUUUUGAAUAUCUCAACAGAUUUCACUAUAAUGAACAGUCCAGGUCACAAUUGACAUCAUCCUCUCUACGCGUCUGUUAUGCCCAAUGUACUCGUGAGUUGUGCAUCGACACAACUUCAGGGAUGUCAAUUGUGAUUUGGGCUGUAAUCUCCAAACUUGACCGUGGGGAGUGUAUAAUGAAAAUAUAAUACAACCUGACAGCUAUGAAGUAACAUACUCACAUUUUUACCACCGGAUUUGUAUCUAUAUGUAUAUAUUAUACAGUUACCAAAUAAAUAUUUUAUUUUUACGAUAAG